UUCUCAACAGGGAUGUACAUAGGUUCAGGUUGAGACGAGAACCGUGACGCGACUCUUAUUCUCUUGGAUAGGUUUUGGAGUCGAGGUUCCUCAGUUCCUCGUUAUGCAUUCAAUAUGUUGAUAUCGACCUUUGUGUCUCACUAUUGAACGACAGAUGGAUCUUUUCAAAGUCCGUCUGAACUGUAUUGACCACUAUCAAGCAGAACCUUCGGAAUUUGAUCCUCCUGUUCCAUAUGACUAUGAACCCCGCGAACGAAGGAAGGGUAGGCUGAAAGUCCCAGUAAUUCGCGUUUUUGGCGCGACGGAGACAGGUCAGAAGGUCUGCGCUCAUAUCCAUGGCGCGUUUCCAUAUCUCUAUGUCGAAUACGACGGGAGCCUGGAACCGGAUGAAGUAAACUCAGCUAUUCGUACCCUUCACGUUUCAAUCGACCAUGCCUUGGCGGUCAGCUACCAGCGGAAUGCCUACGACGGCAAGACGGCGUAUGUUGCUCAUGUCUCGCUCGUGAAAGGGACGCCCUUCUAUGGGUAUUACGUGGGAUACAGGUUCUAUUUCAAAAUCUAUCUGUUAAACCCAUUCCACAUAACACGACUUGCGGAUCUCUUGCGACAAGGCGCUGUAAUGAAACGCCAAUUACAACCAUAUGAAAGCCACCUCCAAUACAUACCGCAAUGGAUGUGUGACUACAACUUGUACGGGUGUGCAGAUAUGAAUUGUAGAAAAGUCAAAUUCCGAGCGCCAGUUCCUGAGUAUCUCGAGCUCAAUGACCUUUCGCACCAAUGGCAUAAUCGGUCUAUACCAGGGGACCUUAUUUCAGAUGACUCGAUCCUGCCGAAACAGAGCCAUUGUCCCUUGGAAGUCGAUAUCUGCGUCCAGGAUAUCGUUAAUCGAUUGGAGAUCAAAGAAAGACCGUUGCACCACGAUUUCAUAGAGAGGCUGCAACCAUUGGCUUCUGAUUUGAAACUGGUCCCCAGCAUGGCAGGGCUAUGGCAGGAUGAAACUCGCAGGCGUAAAAAGAGAAUGGGCCUGACAGACCCGGAAAGCACACCGUUCGGUCCGGAAGAGCUGGUUUCUAUGUCUGCAGAUUCAAGAAACCAAGAAAAAGGUGGCUGGAUUCAUGAAGAUGAUUACCGCCAGAAAGUCCUUGAGAUUGCUGCCGAGGAAAAGCGUGACGGUGGCGACGAUGGUUUAUCAUUUGAUAACUUCGUCUCGAGGAAACCGUUUGAAAGUGAAAUCCAGACCGUCUUACAGAGCGUGGAAGAAUUGUUUCCUCAGCAGUUCCAGCAGUCCACUUUGCAAAGGACAGGAACUCAGCAUGCAGGAGAGAUACCGACUGCAGAAAUCCAGGUGGACGAGGAUACUGUCUUGUCAUUCAGAGACGGAGACAAUUUUUUCUAUUCCGAUGACGAGUAUUCCGACCAACCGUACCUUGUUGCUGAGGAAAGUGACCAGGCUUCACCAGAUCCCCUCAACUGCAACCCCGAAGUUGGAGGUGAAGCCGCUGAACAACUCUACGAAGCCAGCUCCGAAGUCAACAUUCGAACUCUAAAUGAUUCUAUCUACAAUAACUGCGCGGGGGACCCUUUCUUGCCAUCUGCAGAUCUUCACAAAGCUGAAGAAACAUGCAGAAAUGCCCUGAUUGAGUCGGAUGCUUCGGGCGAUGCAACUGAUAACACCCGACGGUCUUUGAAGCGUGCCCAAGAGGAAUCAGUCGCCCAUGAACCUGCACGGAAAAGACACCGACGUCUGGGCUAUUCUGCGGAAAAUCCAGACACCAAAACCCGUGCUCGAAGUGAUACACUCGACAUUUCUACUGAGAGCCCGAACUCUGUCAACGGAGGAGUGAGGGAACCCACCUUCAGCGGCAGGACAGGAACGCCAAGUGGUACGCCGUCUUCUCCGUCAAAGCCAUCAUCCUCGCAAAAGACUCUACGAGCUCUUGGGGAAGGUCAAAACCAGCGCAUUCAAUUUCCUGUAGUCAAAGAUCCGAACGAUCCUGCGACGAUACUGCGGUUUAGCCAGCGAAGUGCUUGCUCAAAGCUUACUCUGGACUCGUCUCAGAAGAUUACACAACUCUCGCACGAACAAGAGGAGACCUCAAGUCCGUCAAAACAAUACCAGCCCCCUUCAUCGCAAUCCCACUCCUUCUCUAGUCUAUCCACGUCAACAUGGAUCGACCCUCAUAUCGUUGCUGUAUGCUCGACGAUGCAUCAUGCCUUCAACAUUCCAUCAAGCCGACGUAUUCUUUGUUACUAUACUUCAGGCCCUACCCCUAGUGAGGUUUGUUCCACCAUGAACGAUGAUGGGCAUCCGUCUGUCGUAUACCAGAAAGCAUACUAUAGUGACGAAAGCGAUGUUCCUGAGCGCCAACGUGAAUAUGCCGGUCGCGAAUUCCGCUUGGAAAGUGAUACCCUGCAGUAUUUGCCUGAGUUCGAUCCUACUGGAAGAUCAGCAGCCAUGUUUGGAGAGCGAGCUCCCGUUACCGUCGAUCGCAUGUUGCAAGAACAGCAAGAUCAGAGGCUUCGGGAAGCUUCAUCUUGCAGGGUCUGGGAAUUUGCACCUGUGCCGCCUACCCGGGCUGAAGUUGUCGAAUGGUUCGAGGAAACCAUGAAGAAGAACGAAAACAUGGACCUUCCUCCCCCCGAAACGAAACUAAAUGUAUUGUCUCAGAUCGAGGGAGCCACCCAACAAAACGCACAUGGUUUCAAGUACUCUCAAAAGCAGGAGUCGACGAGUGUAGAACACCAAGUGCACUACAUGAGCGUAAUGAGUCUCGAAGUUCAUGUGAAUACCCGUGGUUCAUUAGCUCCAAAUCCGGAAGAAGACGAGAUCUCGUGUGUUUUCUGGUGUCUCAAGUCUGACGAUCAAGACCUCGAUGUCAACACGCAGUUGGAGAAUGUGCACGUCGGAAUUCUCGCUCAAGGGGAGGAUGAAAGAUUAGCUCAGAAGCUGUCUAAAGCUCUGACAAUCGAAGUCGCACAGGAGAAUACAGAAUUGGAUUUAAUCACUAGAUUGGUUGAUAUUGUGAGGCUUCAUGACCCAGAUAUCAUUACUGGUUACGAAGUGCACAAUAGCUCUUGGGGCUAUUUGAUCCAGCGUGCUCGAUGCAAGUAUGACUAUGAUCUAUGUGACGAGUUAUCGCGCGUGAAGUCACAGGCGCACGGAAGAUUCGGCAAAGAAAACGACCUCUGGGGCUUCAACACCUCUUCCAGCAUUAGAAUAACAGGUCGACACAUGAUCAAUAUCGGACGGGCCAUGAGAAGUGAGCUGAACUUGCUUCAGUAUACUAUCGAGAACGUUACAUUCCACCUGCUGCACAGGAGAAUCCCGCACUAUCCAUUUAAGGAUUUGACUGCUUGGUAUAAAAGCGGAAAACCCCGUGAUCUUAUGAAGAUCAUCGACUAUUUCGUUUCCAGGGUACAGAUAAACAUUGAGAUUUUAGAUGCAAACGAGCUUAUCCCGCGGAUCAGCGAACAAGCGAGACUUCUAGGUAUCGACUUCUUCUCGGUGAUUAGUCGAGGUUCCCAAUUCAAGGUUGAAUCAUUGAUGUUUCGAAUCGCAAAGCCCGAGAACCUUAUGCUGGUAUCCCCAAGCAAAAAGCAAGUUGGCCAACAGAACGCGCUUGAGUGUAUACCUCUUGUUAUGGAGCCUCAGAGCGACUUCUACACCAGUCCUCUUCUGGUCUUAGACUUUCAGUCCUUGUAUCCAAGUGUCGUGAUAGCAUACAAUUAUUGCUAUUCGACUUUCCUGGGAAGGGCGGUCAACUGGAGAGGUCGGAAUAAAAUGGGAUUCACGGACUACAAGAGGCAACCGCGUAUUCUGGAGCUCCUCAAGGACGACAUUAAUAUUGCGCCAAAUGGAAUGAUAUACGCGAAGCCUGAAAUACGCAAGUCGCUCCUGGCUAAAAUGCUCACUGAGAUUCUGGAGACUCGAGUGAUGGUUAAGAGUGGAAUGAAAGUUGACAAAGAGGACAAGACAUUGCAACGCCUGCUGAAUAACAGACAGCUCGCUUUGAAAUUGAUUGCCAACGUGACCUAUGGUUAUACAUCAGCGUCAUUUUCGGGGAGAAUGCCAUGUUCUGAAAUCGCAGACAGCAUCGUACAAACUGGGCGGGAGACGCUUGAAAAAGCAAUCGCGCUGAUACACUCUGUCGAACGGUGGGGUGCUGAGGUUGUCUAUGGUGACACAGACAGUUUGUUUGUCUACCUUAAAGGACGUUCGCGCGAGCAAGCAUUUGACAUCGGAGAAGAGAUCGCCAAAACCGUGACCGAAAUGAACCCUCGGCCAAUCAAGCUCAAGUUCGAGAAAGUCUACCAUCCGUGUGUUCUCCUGGCAAAGAAGCGCUAUGUCGGGUUCAAAUAUGAACGCAGAGACCAGGUCGAGCCGGAAUUCGAUGCCAAAGGCAUAGAGACAGUACGGCGGGACGGUACUCCAGCAGAGCAAAAAAUCGAGGAAAAGGCUCUCAAAAUCUUGUUUAAAACAGCAGACUUGAGCCAGGUAAAGAGAUACUUUCAAAAUCAGUGCGCAAAGAUCAUGCAGGGUCGUGUUUCCAUCCAAGACUUUUGCUUCGCCAGAGAGGUCCGUCUCGGGACAUACAGCGAAAAAGGCUUACCUCCUCCAGGAGCUCUGAUCAGUGUCAAACGCAUGCUCCAAGAUCCACGUCUGGAACCCCAGUACGGAGAACGCGUGCCGUACGUGGUCAUCACUGGAGCCCCAGGAUCUAGACUCAUCGACCGUUGCGUAGCACCAGAAGUGCUCCUUCACGAUGCGCAACUGGAGCUAGACGCUGAAUAUUAUAUCACUAAAAACAUCAUUCCACCAUUGGAACGAAUCUUCAAUCUCGUCGGUGCAAAUGUCCGGCAAUGGUAUGACGAGAUGCCCAAAUUCCAACGCAUGCGCCGUGUCGAAGGCACGGCCGCCAAGGACUCAAAAAAGACACUCGAAUCCUACAUGAGAUCUUCAGCUUGUGUUUUAUGCAGAGAGAAACUCGACAACACAGACCUCCCUGUAUGCAGCGCCUGUCUAGCUCAGCCCCAUAUUUCCCUUCUGCGAUUGAGAUCACGUCUUCAGCGCGCCGAGAAGCGUACUAUCGACCUACACAGAAUCUGUCGCUCGUGCAUGGGUGUUCCUUUCGGAGACGAUGUCACAUGCGAUAGCAAAGACUGUCCAGUUUUCUAUUCGAGGGUCAGGCAUGUGGCGAAUUGGAAUAAUAAGACCGCGGUAUUAGAGCCGGUAGCGAAACUCCUUGAAGAGAGAGGUAACGAAUUAGAUUGGUAGGGCAUGGAAGGGACGAAUAUUAUUAUGAGUUACGUUCUGUCCGGUAUUGAUGAAGCCUUUGACGAACAUGCAUCAUUAGACGGUUUGGAUGGGAUGGCAGGCGUCAAGGAAAGAGGCAUUUUCCCUGGGAGAAAACGGAGCUCCUGUCUAAUCAUAGUAUGCGUUGUUAAAGGUCGAGGGGGUUUGGGCUACAAUCGACGAACUUAUCUGCAAUACCUAGAGCAAAUAUCCGCAUUGUUAGUCGCUAUUGAUUGAGAUUCUCUAGAUAUCACCGGAAUUGUUGUUAAUAUGCAAAGUACGAUACUUUACUGUAACCAUGUGCUCUUACUCUUUCAAAACUGCGUUAUACCUAUUGUACAAAGUUAAUUCAGCUCUGGAAGAUUCAAG